AUGGCUCACCGCACCGCAAUGGCACUCGUACGUAACGACACCUCCCAGCCGAUCUAUGCGGUUGGCCUGGUCCAUAAGUACAGUGACCAGCACCAAAACAGCGACGAAUGGGGCAUCAUUCAGUCCGGAAAGACCAGUACUGAAUUGCAAGACGAGUCCACUCUCAAAAAGACAUUUCACUAUUCCGACUCCGAGAAUUUUUGCAAAGCAUUUGAUACGAUCGAAGGCGUCGAUCCCGCUCUUUGGCUAACGCUGGCUGCUUCUGUUGGUUCGAUAGCAAGCACGGCCGCCGGGAAUGGACCAUUUAAUAAGACAGCCGCAGGGGUCGCAGCCCUUGCUGCAAGACCUCUGACGGCUGGAUUUCUCGCCCCAACCACGACGGUUGGAUUCAAGCAGCCCAUUUUGAGGGAGGAAGAUGACAGUGCGGAUAUAGAAAUCAUCAUUCACGAAGACACCACUAUCACCAUCAAGUCACCCUCGGGAGUUUCUCAAACCGUUUCCACCAAGAAGGCUAUUGAUUUAAUCUUCCCAUGA